AUGGCAGAGCCCGCAUCGGCGCAGGCAGUGGCGCCACCGCCCACGUCUCCCCGGCCGCGCCGCACGAGCGUGUUUGCGAACGACUCCACCGUGGUCAAGGCCCGCUUCGACAAGCUGACGCUGACGCAGUGGUUCAAGGACAUGGACAAGGACGGGAACGGCUCUGUGGACAAGAAGGAGUGGCUCGGCUUCAUGCGGAGCAACCCGCAGCUGAGGCAGUUUCUGCUGCGCGGGGACGCCUUGCCGCAGCAGGGCGCGUGCCCCACGGACGCGGCCCAGAGAAUGCAGGAUGACGCGAGGGAGUUCAGGAGGCUCCUGCAGAUUUGGCGGGACAUCGACACGGACAAGAACGGCACGCUGGAGUUCGAGGAGUUUGUCGACUUCUUCCGACAGAGCGGCAACCUCCUGGAAUACGCGCUCCCCGACAACCCUAAAGAGCGGCUCGCCACCAUCCUGGUCGAGAUGACUGACAGGAGCAACCGGGGGAGCGAGGACCACUUGGGGGAGAGUGUUGCCGUCAGCGAAGAGGUUCUCGAGGAGUUCGAGCACCUCACGAGGUCUACCCUUCACGGCCAGAGACGGCGAAGCCUCGAGGCCGAGGCCGUGAAGCAGAUGAGCAGGGAGAGCCAGGUGGCAGCGAGGAUCGAGCGCCGGCACUCCAUCUGCACGGCCCUGCAGACGCCCCGGGGGCGCGGCAGCGACGCCUGCGGCGACGCGGCGAGCCCGGGCGGCUCCCCGCUCGCGGGCCGGGCGGCGACCAGCGACCUCUCUCAGCUGGGCCGCCUCCUCUUCCGCCACUGA